UCGUUUUUCUGUUCUUAUUUUUCGCCUUGCCUUAAUUUAUGUAUAAUGAACAUCUUACAAAAUCGGAUUGACUCGUUUUCCAAUAGUUCGAUACAAUGGCCAUAUUUGAAGAAAAGAUACCUCCAACCUGACAACCUUGCCAAAGCAGGAUUCUACUUUAUGCACAAAUCAGACCACGUCCGUUGCUUUUUAUGUGAUAUCGAAUUGAGUGAAUGGAAGCAAGGACAAUCACCUUACACUCGCCAUAUCAAUGAGUCACCAUCGUGUCCAUUGGUUUUAUUGCAAUUUCCUGAACGAUCGUCAAGAUUAAUUAAGAAUAAGGCUAUAGCUCAACCUUUCGACCUGACCAGAAGAAAUGCACGAUUAGCCACAUUCAAUUACCACAAAUACUGGCCUCCGCAUCAACGUAGAAAAAGAUCAUACCCCUCAGUGACUAAGUUAGCAGAUACAGGAUUUUAUUUCUCACCGACUUUGGACUAUAUAGCAAGAGUCGUUUGUCCGUACUGUAAAUCGGCCAUAACAGAACCUGAUAAGAGUAUAGACUUUUUAGGAAGACACAGAGAACAUUGCAUCUUCUUAGAUGGUACGCCGGAUGAAAUCAAAGGGGCAAUUACAACAGAUCGAAGAAACACAGCAUCUAGCACAUCGUCAGUAGAAACGUAUAAAACAGCAGGGAGUGGAUCAUCUAUCAUGGUCAGUUAACUUAUGGCUAAAGACAUACUAUUGAAUGGAUCGAGUUGACAAUUCUUUCU